AUGCAUUUCACAAAGACUAUCUUCUCCCUCUUUGCCUUCUCCGCUCUGGCUGCCAGUGAGCUCUUCGAGCGCGAGCUCUACGAGCGCGAGCUUUCUGGCGAAGACCCUGCUAUGAUCGUCCGAGAGCUCCGCGAGGACUAUCUUGAGGCUCGUGACACCUUCAUGGAGGCACGCGACCUAUUUCUUCGCGCCCCCUCUUUGGGAACCUGCCGUAGUGCCGGUAAGCAUACUACUGCCCUGCAGUGCAGAGUCAGCACCGAUAACUGCGGUCCUUGCAAGGCGGGGCAGAAGGUUGGCGACGGGUGCUUCUGCAGGGCGGACUAUCAGCGUAACCAGGGUGGAAAACUCCCUUCGGUGAAGUCGGUGGUCGGUAAGAAGACCAAGCAAUAA